UGUGGUUAAUGGCUUAACUAAAGUGUUACAAAACUAACAUUAUUAAAUUACGUAUGUGUACUUACUGAGUAUUUGUCAGUGUUUGUAAAUUUUCCUCGUUAUUUGAUUUACGUGAACGAUGGAACUAUUUUUACAGUGAGGUGGCAUAAGAUUCAGCAGCUUUCUUUUGCGUCUGUGUAAUUCUAUGUUGGUUCUAUAAUGUGACGCAUUAUACAUUUUGUACUACGUAUAGUGGGAUAUUGGUAGUUUAUUUUGAACAGUAUGGCUGUACAACAAAGUGGUGUGCCUGUCCUAAUAGGUGUCUCUAUACUUUCACUAUUUUUAGCGCUAAGUGUUUAUUACAUGGUGGACAAUAUUACAAGGCCGUCUGAAGAUAAAGAACACAUAACUUAUUCCACCGAAAAAGACAAUGGACCAUCUGAAAAUCAUAAGACGACAAAUCCCCUAACAGAAUUUCUGUAUCAACAAUUAUUUCAAAGAAAAGCUCAUGACGUAUGCCCCGUCUAUUUAGCAAAUGUCUGUAGGUGGAAUUUACAAAAAGAUGACAACGGAAUAAAAAGUUAUAAAAACACAACAAAACAGAAACUAAAGCAGUUUCAUGGUAUAAUUAGACUGUGCCAAGUAUUUGGAACUAUAAAAUAUCAAGAUGUUUGUUUUUAUGUAGGAAACAGUUUAUUAGAGCAUAUUUCAGAAAAUGGAAUAGUUUCUCAAAUAUUUCAGGACUGUGUCUACAUAAACGAUAACGGAUAUCCUUGUCUUAUUAAGAGUAAAACUGAAUCUGAUUAUCUAGCGCCACGAAAUGCUUGUGUUUCUGACAGUACUACUGUCAUCAAUGUGCUCACUAAACGCUGUAGGUUUCGAGAGGAAUCAUAUCUUAACGACAGCAACUUCAUGCCAUUCGAAGACUUGAUUUACGAGGUGGAAAACGACAAUUACAGGAAUGAAAAUGGACGUACGACAGAGGAGAAUUCUGCCAACGCCGAAACUGGUGACAGCAAUCAACAAUAUAAAUCUGGAAACAACAAGACGCAGACUGGGACCAAUGCUACAACUGUCGUCUGCCAUGUUUUGUUGGCUGCUUUGCUAGUAGUUUCAGCUUCCGUAGCUUUAUUUGAAGUGUGCAGAGAUCGCCUGUCUAAUAAACAGUUGGGACAACAAUCCAUUAUCGGUGAUGGUAGGAUCAACGCCAUUGGAAGCCACUCGUCCUUGCUGGACAACCGGCGCUGUUCAUUGGCCGACCUAACUGCGAGCCGGCACGUGAGGCGAGAGUCGAUACAGCAGGUGAUUCCCCGAGAACCCAGUAGCUACAACACAAGUUCUACCGUGGCGCCACUUUGCCCACAGACGAAACUCCUAGGCAAGUGCUCGACCACCACCAUUAUUACGCCGCAGUUCAUUCCCAAUCCACAUGGGCGCUGCUGUGUCAAUCACACGUCACUCUUUCACACCCAAAGAGCAUGCCCUGACUCCGAGUGGAUCAGCAACACCAACCAAAUCCACGUCAAGGAGGACUUCGAUGGAUGGAAGCGAGGAUGAUUCUUCACCAGACACGGCAAAGCGAAGAGUCAGAUUUCUAAGGAGAUACUGAAGCUGAAAUGAUGCACUUUCGAAGUAAUGCAUCUGAAUGGACACUUUGUUUCUUUACUUGCAUUAAAUAUACAUUUGAUAUGACGUAAAAGGUGCUAUAAAUUUAUUUAGCAACAGUUGUAAUGAAUAGAUUUUGGUAAAAAAUAAGUGAAUGGAAGAGGGAAUUUGAGAAUUCGAAAAGAACCAUUAAAGAACAUUUCCAUACCAUGAUCACUGUUAAGAGUGACCGGAUAUAAAACAUAAAUGCUGAUUGGACUUUAGCCUGUAUGAAAUGGGAGAGAAU